AUGCCUUCGCCUGCCCCCCAUCCAGAUCGCGCGGCGCUCGUUCCGCGCUCAAAAUCCCAGUCCCCCGCACGGAAAGAUGACGCGCCCGCCAAAGAUUCGUCUCGCGCUCGUUCUCGCUCCCGCUCUCCCAGACGAAGUCCCCCGCGCAAACCUAAAAGCUACUCCGGCCUGAAAUGGAAGAAACCAGAUCGCUCGGAUGCCGGGGAUAGAGACGGCCGCGACCGCGACGACAGAAGAGGAGGCUACGACAGAGACGACCGCCGCCGUGACGACGGACACAACGACAGAGGGUUCAGGCGCGACGACCGCGAGCGCCGCGACAGACGUGACGACGACCGGCGGCGAGACUACCGCGACGAUCGCGACCGCAGAGGUAAAGACCGCGACUCAGACCGCCGACGUGACCGUGACCGCGACCACUCCGACCGUCCUCCACGCUCCGACCGCGACCGCGACCGCGACUCCAAGCCCCCCCGAGAGAAGAAACCCGCCGCCGCCCCAGCUCCCAUCGCAUCAGGCGAGCCCAUGAUCAUCGUCACGGUAAACGACCGCCUCGGCACCAAAGCGCAGAUCCCCUGCAUGGCGUCCGACCCCGUGAAGGUGUUCAAAGCGAUGGUUGCGGCCAAGAUAGGCCGGCCGGUGCAUGAGAUUAUGCUCAAGAGGCAGGGGGAGAGGCCGUUCCAUGAUCAGUUGAGUUUGGCGGAUUAUGGGGUUAGUCAUGGGGUGCAAAUUGAUUUGGAGUUGAAUACGGGAGACUGA